AUGAAGGCCUACCUGGAAAAAGGGGAGCAUCCCCCAGAAAGUUCAGCAACUCAGAAGGAGACCAUGAGGAGAUUGGCCAAUGAUUUCUUCUUGAACAAGGAAGUACUAUACAAAAGGACCCCUAAUCUCAGGUUGUUCAGAUGCUUGGACGCCGAAGAGGCCAGAAAAUUUCUAAAAGAAGUGCAUGCGGAAUCCAUCAUCACAGAUAAUGGUGCCAAUAUGAACAGCCAUUUGAUGAAGGACAUCAGUGAACAAUUCAAAAUCACUCAUAGAAACUCUACCGCCUAUCGGUCACGGAUGAGUGGAGCCAUAGACGCUGCCAACAAGAACAUCAAAAGGAUCUUGAGGAAGAUGGUCGACAACUACAAGAAUUGGCACGAGCAGCUGCCUUAUGCUCUGUUAGGAUACAGAACAACAACCAGAACCUCCACUAGGGCAACUCCAUACCUCCUCGUUUACGGUACAGAAGCGGUCAUACCCGCAGAUGUAGAGAUCCCUUCACUCAGGGUCCUCCAAGAGGCAGAGCUAAAAGAUGCAGAAUGGUUUAAAAAUUAUUAUGAACAACUAGCCAUGAUAGAGGAAAAGAGAAUGGUGACAGUGUGCCACGGACAGUUGUACAGACAAAGGAUGUCUAGAGCCUUCAACAAGAUAGUCAGAACCCUACUUUUCCAGAUCAGAAAAUUCGUACUCAAGCGAGUCUUCCCUCACCAAGAGGAAUAUUAA